AAUUGCCUCAUGCAGAACAUCCCCGGGAUUUAGGGGUGGAGCACCGCUGCCCCGUUUUCAUCCUCGAGGUUUUUCAAGUAUCUCUAGCCGCUUGCAGGUACAAGAACAAGGAGUGACAACUCACACCUCUACUCAAAGACGAAGAACAUUUUCAGACCCUACCGAGGACACUAGCGAAGGGUUUUCUGAGGCCGCUUUAGCAAGUGCAAACGCGGCGCUUUCGCAUCUCGACAGCUGUUUUGGACGGGCCGCUUCAGCACCUACAACAUGUCUUUCCAGUCGUAGCACUACUGCCUUUUCCUCACAUCAAUCACAUGAAAAUGCUGAUGCUAUUAGGAAUGAGAUAUCAUCACCAUCAAGAUCAACUCCUGAUGAUCAUAAAGCUACGCGUCAUAUUGCGUCA